AUGGCGAGCGUGCAGUUGUUUAAGGAUAUCGAAGAAACUCCUUUUCGAACUAAACGUCCACAUAGGAAAGGAUUGAAAAUAGUGGAGAAGCAGAGCCGCCCAGAGUCAGAGAGCCCGGAUAGCUCACAGAGCCUAGUGGAAUGUGAAGCCUCACAAACGUCCGACUUGCGAGAUCCAUGUGGUGUUCUAGAUACUGAGCUCGCAAAGCACUAUUUCAUGCAUACCGCACACACCUUCGCGACUAGUGGUGCGUGCGAGGAGCAUUCCGAUGUCUGGCGGGUUUUCAUUCCAGCCGUAGCAUUGGUCUGUCCCGUAGUACGUCAGGGGAUGCUUACUCUUGCCGCAAUGAGCCUGCAUUAUGACCCAGCAGUCCAUAGCUCCGUAGACUAUUUGGAGGUUGCGGAAGCGCACGGCAAGAUCUUUGUGAGAGAGAGCCGGCAGAAAUUACAGCAUUUUGCAGAGAGUCCGAAAGCCCAAGAUCAAGAUACUGUUCUGGCAUGCUCUAGACUUCUCUCUGUCCUCGGAUUUGCGUUCUUCCGGGCUCAUCGCCAGAACGGCAUCACCCUUGCUGAUCCUGCGGCGUGGACCUGGCUGCAUUUGGUACGAGGCGUGAAGCCGAGUUAUGAUGCGGCGAACGAGAUCGGCAAAUCUAUUGAUGAGAUCAUAUUGAAAGAUAUGGCCCCCAAGUCUUUAGAUUGGCUUUCCUCUCACGAUCCUGCCAUACGCCAACAGUCCUAUUAUCAUUACAUCCAACAGACCUCGCAGGAGCGUUUCGACGCUUUACAUAAUUUACUUGAUGGUCAUUGGAGUCGAUUUGAAGAGGACAAGAUUGAGGACCUUGGAGCCGCAAUCGACAUGCUGGACGAAGUUACCCAGCGAGUGUACACGCCCCAAGUGCAUAGCUUAUUUCGCGUCCUCUGCACCUGGCCAGGUGCUGUCCCUAAAAAUUUCGUUGAAAUGCUCUUGGCUGGCUUUCUGCCGGCACUGGCUGUGUAUGCCCACUGGCUGAUGUUGGUGGUCUUGGUAGAGGAUUUGUGGUGGGUCGGCGACUGGGGGCGAGCUGGUAUACGUGAUGUCGUCGCAAUGUGCUCUGAAGCCGAGCCCGAUGUGCAAAAGCUUCUGAUGUGGCCGGAACGCAUGUUAAGUACUAUGGGUUGA